AUGGAUUCCAAAGUAGAACCUCUCCUGCCCUUCAUCCUCGGUUCAAUCACUCGGUUGCUAGCGUGGACACCCCUUACUCGCGCGCACACUUCCAACGCGAAGGUAAGGUUUACCGCCAAGCGCUCAUCAUAUCUGAAAAGUCAAGCUUCAGGCAUCGAUACCGGGGAUGCGUCCUGUGUACCAAUGACAUCUACGACCAACCUCGGCGCGAAAGAGAUGGAGGAAUGGGCGGAACGAAUGUCUCUCCAUGGCGAAUUCAUAUCUCGAGUCGGCAAAGGAAGAGGAUAUGCAGCUACAAUACUGUACCUAUCACCUGAAUCUUUCCCUUCGCCACUAUUCUAG